AUUUAUGACUUUAUAGUUCAUGCUGUGUGUUAUAAAUAACGAUCACACAUAAUGAUAUAAAUUAGCUAUAAGCUAAAGAAUAAGCAUCCGCUACUCUAUAAGUUGUAAACCUAAAAUGUCUUCGUCAAGUCCCACUUCUCAAAAAAGGUGUCCCUUUGCCAACUUUAGUCCCAAUACCUGGAUGCAUCAUUUGUUCGGCUUUGCUCCUGCUCCUAUCCUGGCUUUCUUUGUAUUUGAUCAGUUCAGAGAUGAAAAUGGUGAUUUUAAGAAGUCAUUGAUUGAAGAUGUGGUUGGAAUGCUGAGCUUAUAUGAGGCUGCACAUUUUUCCAUCCAUGGAGAAGAUGUUCUUGACAAAGCUAUACACUUUACUACUUAUCACUUGAAGUCAAGGCUAAGCAACUUGAACCCUACCCUUGAACCAAAUGUAAUUCAUGUAUUGAACUACCCUCUUUGUAGAGGCAUGCCAAGAUUGCAGUCCAAAUACUACAUUCCUAUGUAUUUAGCAAAGGCUUCUCCAAAUGAUCCUUUGUUAGAAUUAGCGAUUGUUGACUUUAAUGUUGUAUAGGAACUACACAAGAAGGAGCUAAACCAUGUCAUUGAGUAAGACCAAUUUAUUAAUAUGAGUUGCUUCUAUAAAAUCAUAUAUCAUACUAAAAGAACAAGCUUAAUAUUUGUAUUGUAGGUGGUGGGAAAAGUUAGAUUUUUCUUAUAUCAUAUGCUAGGGACCGAGUUGUUGAAAGCUACUUUUGGAUAUUGGGUUUAAUUUUGAGCCUCUAUAUAUGCUUGGAAGGACAAUUAUGACCCAACUUGGUUCCUUUAUCAUGGUGGUUGAUGA